CGUUGAAGAUCCAGGAUGUGGGGUUCAUGCCGAUGGGUGGCAUGGUGCCUGGUGCUGUCCCUGCCGCAGCAGCCCCCGAGGCAGCAGAAGAAGACAUCCCCAAACAAAAAGAACGGACGCAUUUCACCGUCCGCCUGACAGAGGCAAAACCUGUGGACAAGGUGAAGCUGAUCAAGGAAAUCAAGAACUUCGUCCAGGGCAUCAACCUCGUCCAGGCAAAGAAGCUGGUGGAAUCCCUGCCUCAGGAAAUCAAAGCCAACGUGGCCAAGGCCGAGGCCGAGAAGAUCACGGAAGCCCUAGAGGCAGUGGGCGGCACCGCGGUUCUGGAGUAGCCGCCCAGAGGACUGUGGACAGGGGUCCCGGGCCCCGAGUGGGGCUCUACCCGCUCCUCGCGAAGCACCCAGGCUCAGCGGACGGAGUGGCCUCGGAGCAGAACUGGGCACCCGCACCACAUGGCCAACUCCGUUCUGGGACAGAUGUGGA